AUCGCCCCACCAACAACUCCAGUGCCCCUACUACCACUACCAAUCACCCCCUGAAAAGAAAAAUAUAACCAACCAUAACAAAACAAAAAAUAAAUUCACCCACAAUAAUCGUCCUUCCCUCUUUCCUCAUUUCCCUGCGCACUCUUCUCCCUCUCCCCUUCCCUCCACUCUUUCACCGCCAGAUACAACGUGGUCUUCUUCAUCACCACGUACCUUCUGCCCAUGCUGGUGAUGCUGUGGUCUUACUUUCGCAUCGGUCACGAGCUUUGGGGGAGUCGCAGCAUCGGGGAGCUGACGGAGAGGCAGGCGACCAGCAUACGCUCCAAGAGAAGGGUGGUGAAGAUGUUCCUAGUCAUCGUGGCGGUGUUUGCGGUGUGCUGGCUGCCCCAACAGGCGUUCUUCCUCUACACAUACCACAACGCGGCGGUACUGGACACGGCCCACAUCCAGCACGUCUACCUCACCUGCUACUGGCUCGCCAUGGCCAACGCGAUGAUCAACCCCGUUAUCUACUACUGGAUGAACGCCAGGUUCCGCGCCUACUUCCGCGAGGUGGUGCUGCAGUGCGUGUGUCUGCAGUGCCACCGCCGCAGCGCCAACUACGAGGGAUCACCGACCCUGGAGAGGCGACACGUGCCCUGCGACGACCCCUCCUCCCGAUCCCGUUCAGAUACCCGCCAGGGACCUAACGGAACUCUACGCACUACUCCAGGCUCCCAGCGCUCCAACAACCACCUCCUCGUCUACUCAUCCAGGGAAGGCCUCACCGCCAGGAACAGUGGGUGCUGCAGGUUGGGCGGCGGGGGAGGACCACAGUGCAAUAUAUGCCGCCAAAGUCUCCUGAGGUCUGGGUCGGUUCUGAACGGCGCUGCCCUCCAGAUGGUGCCCCUCGGCCCGCCCCUCGCCAUGCUGGGACCCGAGCCCUUCCUGUACCGAGGCAAGACUUGUUUACAGACUCAGAUGUAGCUUGGUAGCGUUGAGGUGAGUGAAUCGCUUGUAACCACGGCGGCGGCAACAGCGAAAAGCAGCGGUAGUGGGAGUAAAGAAAAAAUACCUAUCUGCAGGCUUCCGAGGACUGCACUGAGACGAUAAACAACAUAAGCCAGAGCAACGUUCCCUUCUUGCCUUGCGUUGAAUAUUACUGACUUAUACAAUAGCUCCUGGAAUACACGAAGUCUUCUGAGUGUUGUAGUGUAAGGACAAACAAUUCUAACCAAGGCGCUGUUCCCUUCCUUUGUAUCGAGCGCCAGGAACUUGUGAAACUGCUUAUCUUCGUGCCAGGAACAGAAAGUUACUCCUACUUUUGUGCCGAGGUCACACCCCAUGAGUAUUAGAAAGGGCUGCCCACGGAAAUGUCCUACAUUUAUUACGAUAUUUACGCCAGUGAAAAAAAAAAAACAAGAAACUGUUGGUCACGAAACUACCUGACUUGCUGCUAAUUAGGAAAGCAAGAAAAAAUAAAGCAACAACGCCCGCUGCAGUGAUUGUUGUAUAUGGACUAUUUAUGAUAGACUACUAUGACUACAAGUGAUGACACAAACAAAUUCCAACGACAGUAGAACAAAACAUCUGACAGAAUUCAAGACAAAAGUGACAACAGAAACAAAUUAUAACCGGCAUCAUGACAAAGGGGACAGAGUAAAAAAUCUGUCAACAGACUUAAAACUUGGAACAAAGACCUUCGAUGUUUUGUCGUGUGUGUGUAUGUGUAUGUGUGUGUGUGUGUGUGUGUGUGUGUGUGUGUGUGUGUGUGUGUGUAAUUCACCACCACCACGGCCUGAUCACGUGUCUUUAUCGUCGAUCUCUGGGUACUGCCAGGACCUCACACACCACACACCCCAUCCCCCUUGUUCAAGGGGGGACAGUAACUACUCCUAGUCAACGGAGAGAAACGGAUAGCAUCGGAUAGCUGUGGAGGGAGCAUUGCUCUUGUGGAGGUACAAAAGUACGUACAUCACGGUGUUGAUAUAGUUGAUUGUCAAUGUUUUCAUCUGCGCACGCCUGCAAUGAUGUAUACUCCGUAGCUUUGGUGUCGACAGGGAUUCCCACUGUCCUGUCGUCUACGUAUUUCCAACGGUGUAAUGCGUUGGUGAGGGCGUCGUUACUGACCACCAAGAAGCAAAGAGGACCAAUCUUCGUGCCUUGCCAAACGCUAAAGGUGAGCUGUUGCAAGGAGAAAAUACAGCCUUGAAAGUUAAUGACUACUGACGCCCGCUAAAUUUGCCAGUCAACCAAGCAACCAUAAUUGGGUAAAGUCCCUGCUCUAUGGUCUUGGUGAUGGCAGGAGUAUGGUCUAAAAGGUCAGACGCUUUUAAAAUUUAUAAAAGUGUGGCCAAGGAAGGUGUCAAGCUGUCCGGGUGGAUUGUGUAUGAAGCUGGUCAGGCAGUUAGCUGUGUGUGU